CGGAGUUCGCACGGAAAACUAGGUGACGUCAAGCAGGAAGUCGGAUUUUCUAGAGUUUGUGGGAUAGAAUUACCACUUGAACCAGUAGUUGGACAUGGAGCCUGACGUGUAUGUGGUGUAUGUGUUACCACUACAACAAUCCAAAUUUUAUGUUGGCAAAACAAAGGAAUGCAAUUUUGAGGCAAGAAUGCAACAACAUCAAGAUGGACAGGGCCAUGGAGGAGCUGCUUUCACUAGUCGCUUCAAGCCGAUACGUCAGCCCGAGAUCAAGUCUCGUCACCCCUAUGAGCAAUCAGCUUCUGCUACAGAGCUGCAAACAACAUUAGAGCUAAUGCGACAGAAGGGAAUUGAUUCUGUGCGAGGAGCACAGUGGUCUAGAGUAGAAAUGACUUCUGCCAUGAAAGCUGACAUUCAGUCCCAGAUUGAUCACACGUAUGAUCAAUGCUACAAGUGCCACCAGACUGGCCAUUCUGCAGCCCAAUGUCUUGUUGCAGCAGCUCUACCACCAGCAGCUGCACCACGUGCACCAGCAACAAGUGCUAUGCAACAAUGUGCUCCACGUUGCUUUCGUUGUCAUCGUUCUAGUCAUGUGAUGCGUGAUUGCUUUGCAAGUACUGAUGCAGAAGGACGGCGACUACAAGGUGUUCAUCACUGUUGCUUUCGUUGUGGCCAUACGAGUCACUAUGCCAACGACUGUUUUGCCAAAAGAGAUAUGUUUGGUAACCAACUCUAGACAGCAUCAUAAUUGAUGUGAAUUGUAACAGCAGCAGUCACUGAUUUCAAUCAUUUGAUUUUUUG